GCAUUUGCAUCCAACCAAUCGAGCCAAAAGUGGGCAAGCGUCGCCAAGUCGGGCGUUUGCUUACACGCAGCUGCUGGGAUGGCUUCGUCACACUUCAUCCAUCUCCCUCAACGGAUACAUCCCUUGCGCAAAAUGCACUGUACAAUUCAUAACCAGGAUCACAUAACGAGUCGAGCUACCGCGUCAACUGUAGCUCGGCCUUGCCCCCAAUUGUCCAAUCUAGCUACAUGUGUAUCGCUAGUACUGUCUACUGCCGCCCUUUCCAUACAUCUCCAAGCAUAUACAAACCCGGACCCUAUAACCGUUUUGCCCGUCCUCAUGCCGCCCCCGGAUCUUGCUGGACAUGCGUCGCUCUCACCGGCCACUAGCCGCUUGCUCCGUUCCCUGGUAACUUGUUCUUUUCAUGCACAGAACAUACAUUACAUGAGCGGGAAGCGUAAUACAGAACAAGCAUCUACACACAUGUCCUACCAUCAAGGUAUUUUUGUCUCAACUCGUCGGGCGUUUCUGGGGUAG